AUGUCGUCUUACGAGGCCUUUCGCCUACGUGAGUUGAAACAGAAGAUUCCAUACGUGAUUGAAUCCAUAACUACAGCAGGGAACCUUGUUUUUAUCGGUACAAAUGACGGUAAACUUAUCGUUUACGAACUUUCCCCCAGCAAAGGGGAUCUUCGUUGUUUGCAUAUUCACACGGCCAGACGGAAACACCCUAUUCUCGCCACUAUUCCCAUUGUGGAAAAGCAGAUUCUUGUUGCGGUUGCGGACGACGCAAUUUUGGUGUUCCGAUUGGAAGAGCCGAUAACAUCUGCAGCGACGGAUCACCCGCGGGAGGAUCAGUUGCAGGAGCUUAGUGCAAUAACUGGAAUGAAGGACAUUACCGCCGUGCAUGUUAAGCGGCAAAAGGGAAUAUUUUCCAUGGCGGUACUGCAACGCAAAAAGGUCAGCAUUUAUGAGUAUAGGGAGCAGGGACAACGGCAGGAGUUUAUACCAGUGAGGGAUGGGUUGCAGGUACCGGAUGGCGGAAAGUCACUUACGUGGGCCAGUCGAAAUAUUAUGGUAGCACUUCGUCGUGAAUAUCUUUUAGUGGAUGUGGCGAGUGGCAUGGUGGAGUGUCUUUACCCUACUAGUAAUAGCAAAGGUGUCAAUCCCCUUCUGUUGCCGCUUGACCCCGUGCCGGAGGUUCUCGUAGACAAUGGAAGAGGUAACGGGGCGCGCGCCCUCCAUGACGGAACAAUUCUCGCCGGUAAUGAAGCCAACACGUUGGUGUGGUCCUCUCCACCAAAUGGUGCAACGUAUGUUCAUCCUUUUUUGCUUACAGUACACAGCAGUAGCGGACUGGAGGUGCGGUUACCGUUUGCGAGUACAACACGCGGCUGCUCGGAAACCACGCCGCUGGGGCAAAGCAUUGGUUGUAAAGGAAUUGAACGUAUUUCCCAUCGUUCAUACGCUGACUUUGAUGUGACGCUGCCAACUAAAAGUACGCCAGCCGAUGCGUUUCGCAGAGAUGUGACCAUCGCAACAAGUAGCAGUGGUGGUAGUACCAAUACGGUUUAUUUGGUUGAGAUGGUGCCGCCACGCGAGCAGGUGAUGGGUCUCAUCUCCGCCAAACAAUUCGAGUUUGGAUUGUUACUGUAUGAGCUUUGUGUGAAUGAGGUAGAGGAGGCUUUGGCAAAAAGCAUGCAAACUCAUUAUGCGCUGUGGUGUGUUUACAAGCGUGGGGAUGUUAAGACCGCCAUUUUGCGCUUCCGCGACGCACGGGUCGACCCUCGGUUGGUUAUUAGUCUCUUCCCCGGGUUUCUCACACAACGUGCGCGUGAUGCGUGGCAGGUACCCGCUGAUCUGAGCGAGUUGCUGUCGUCUUUCCGUGCGUUUGAGGGUGUUGUGUGCUCAAAUGAGUCUGUGGAUCUUCUUCUUGACUACGUGACUUCUCUCCGCCCAGAAUAUAUUGCCGCUGGUAGCAGCGCGUCCGUGGGAAUGGAUACGUCUCUCUACCCUGAUGUGGAUGUGGUGCUUGAGGCGGUCGAUACGGCAAUUCUGAGGGCAUAUGUUUUCUUGGGACAAGAGAAGGAGCUCUUAAAUUUUUUGUGCACGGAAAACGCAUGUGCUCCCAGGGAUUCGGAGCAGUGUCUUUUGAAAGGUGAGCAAUGGGUGGGGCUGGUGGCUUUAUGGUACCGCCAGGGCUUACAUAGCAGAAGUUUAGAGUUAUUGAAGGAACUUGCUGUGACGGGGGAACCAACAUGUAGUGCCAUUGGUUCAUCCGUAAAUAAGGAAGGAGAAGGGAUAGACACGGUGCCGAACACUAUCCAGGAUGAUAAUGUUAUACGAGAUUCUUUUAAUGAUGAGUUUCUCUCCGUGCUGCGGCGUCUGCUUCCCAAAGUAAUGAUACCUGAGCAUGAGACAAGUGGUAUAUUUAUUUCCCAGAGUGAUAUUUAUAGCCACAUGGAAGCGCCAAUGGACCAAGAGGAGGACCUUCAGCAGUCGGCACGGUUGCUUCGGCGUUGUGUGGGUGUUGUGACGACAAUUCUUUAUUGCAGAAAACUUGCGUGGGACAUACCAGAGACCCUCCAGUUGGUGGCGCGUCACGCUCUUUGGGUUCUGGCAAAUAUUCCACCACUGUGGUCAGUUAUGUUAUUUCCAGUAGACAAAAUGACGGCUGAACAACAAGCCGCUGUGCUUCGAUUAGUUCGCACCGACAUGAUGGGCGUUGGAACCACCAAUAUGCAUGAGCGAGUGGUAGAGUGGUUAUCUCUCAUUCUUGGAAACCAAUAUGACACCUGCAGGGAUGCGGCAAUGCAUGACGCCUACUGGAAAAGUUUGGUGGAAGUGGUGUUCGUUGAGGGCGAACAGGCGAAAUCAGUGGGUGUUGGUGCUGAAAUUGAGGUGGAGGAAACCGAAAUUAGGCAGAGGCGGAGGAAGGUGCUUUGUGACUUCUUGAGCUCUUCGUCUUUCAUGAACCUUUCAGUUGUACGCGCGUAUUUGGAGCAGCCAACCGUGCGCUCUCAGGCAUAUCCCGAACGGGCAAUAAUUUAUCAGCGCUUGAAGUUGCAUGGGGAAGCCGUUCGCAUGUGUCUCUACGAGAUGAACCAAUUGGAGGAGGCGAAGUACUAUGCGAUUCGGGCCAGCCGUGAUGAAGAGGAUGUAUUCCUCGUGCUUCUUAAGGAAUUACUUCGUCCCUCAACCGGUGCGGAGCCACGACUCGAGGAAGCGAUGUCUAUUGCGAGUACGUGUGGGAGUAUUGAACCCCUUGCUGUUCUUGAGUUGCUGCCUGAUAAUACACCCAUUGCAGUUGUGGAGGAUUUUCUCAGACGCUCGCUUUCCGUUGCUGCCAUGCGGAACCGAAGUGCGGCCAUUUACGCCAGCGUGUUAGAAGCCCGAGUGCGGCAGGCGGAAAAGGUGCUUGAGCUUGAGAAGUCGCGGCGAGUUGUAAUCGACAUCGAAAGCUCCUGCGCGGUAUGCGGGAAGAAACUACGGCCGGGGACGGUUUUCGCCCGCUUUCCAAAUGGCAUCCUUGUGCAUCACGUCUGCAUAGAUGAUGAAAGUGUCUGUCCUGUUACGCAUAAAGACUUCCGAAAGGGUGUUGAGGUCCUAUUGCGGGAAGUGUUGUAA